AUGAUAAUGAUGAGUUUGAUGAAUAGUCGAGUCUACCUGUUAAAAUUCCCCAUACUUUCAUUGAAAAGGCUGCUUGCUACUUAUAAGAAGAAUCCACAGAUCUUCAUACAUGAGAAAGCUCCGCAUACAUUCAAUUUUUCUCUUUCGAGGCAGCCACAUUCCAUUCCCAUUGGGUCGUCGCAGUCUACUGACCCUACAUCCUCCAACUUUAUUCCUAAUGCCAAAUUUGAAACUAUUUUGGAGAAUGCAAUGGCUAACAAAGUGUAUGAUGACUUUACGUUUAUAAUGGAGGCAGGUACAAAUGCCAAUUCGUUUAUGCCGAUAUAUGACUUUAGAGAGAUUCCCAAAUAUUCAAGGACCCCCUAUAUUGAGGAUGUGUUUGGAUACGUACAAGUUGACGAUAAGGGUCAGAUUGUUCCAAACAGUUGGCAAAGAAAUAGCAUGUAUGAAAUCUGCAGUGGAAAGACUGGGUUGUGCAAAUUUAGUGAUUAUAUGUAUGAGGUUCUACAAGAGCAAUGCGAGAAAGUGAAAGAGAACUAUAAUGAUUAA